GUGAAUAUCAUGCAUAUGAGAAGGCUGCAGUGGAUUUUUUUGUUUCUCCUUGCCUUCUGUGUCCUGACUCUCUGGUAUGUCAUUUUCCCUUCUGGUGCUGGGAGUGAGCAGACCAACCUGCUGUAUUUCUGUGACUACGAACCGCUUCACAGGCAGCGCUACCUCUUCACGCUGUGGGAGCGCUCUGAAUGCAAAGACAUCCACCCCUUCCUCUUCCUGGCUUCCAGGCCUCAGGAUGUGAAGCUGAGGCAGGCCAUCAGGAUAGCCUGGGGAUCUCAGCACUUCUGGUGGGGCCAGCGGAUUCUAACCCUCUUCUUGCUAGGUGAGGAUGCCGACAGGGUGCACAGUGCCGCGGCGCUGUCGGUGGAAGAUGAAAGCGACAUCAUCCGCCGGGACUUCAUGGACACUUACGACAACCUCACCUUGAAAACCAUCAUGGCCUUCCAGUGGUUCACUGAGCUCGGCUCCAAUGCCAGGUUCCUCAUGAAGACCGAGGACGACGUCUUCAUCAACACCCCCAACCUGGUGAAAUUCCUUCUGAGGUUGAACUCCUCAGAGAAUGUUUUCACUGGCUAUCCUUUCAUCAACAACCAUGCCUACAGAGGCUAUUACAGGAGAAGAUCCAUCUCCUACCAGGAGUAUCCCUUCAGGCUGUACCCUCCCUGCUGCAGCGGCAUGGGUUACAUCCUGGAUGGCAGGCUGCCUCUCAGGGUUUAUGAGCUGAUGAGUCAUGUCAAACCCAUUAAAUUUGAGGAUGUUUAUGUUGGAAUCUGCUUAAAUAUACUCCAGGUGAAUGUCAGUGCUCCAGAAGAGAAGCAGUUCUUUCUUUAUAAAAUCAGUUUUGAUACCUGUGGGUGCAGGCAGCUGAUUGCAGCACAUGGCAUUACAGCCAGUGAAAUCAUCAGCUUCUGGCAGGCUUUGUCCUCACACCCUGCAGUUACCUGCCUUUGA